GGGGGGGGGAAGGGAGGGGGAUGUAGAGGAACCUACUGCUUGCCGCUCUCUGGGCGAGAGGAAGGAGAGGAAGGAGGUGGUGGUGGUGCAGGGGGUAGAGAGGAAAGCCAGCUGGAGAGGGAACGGCACCGAGACACAAGGGAGGUGACUGGCUCCCUCUGACAGCCCAACAUGGUCGCUGCGCACGCUGCCCAUUCUUCCUCCUCCGCAGAGUGGAUCGCCUGCCUGGAUAAAAGACCUUUGGAACGAUCCAGUGAAGAUGUGGAUAUUAUUUUCACACGACUUAAAGAAGUUAAAGCUUUUGAGAAAUUUCACCCAAAUCUUCUUCAUCAGAUCUGUUUGUGUGGUUAUUAUGAGAAUCUGGAAAAAGGAAUAACAUUAUUUCGUCAAGGUGAUAUUGGAACAAACUGGUAUGCAGUCUUGGCAGGAUCCUUGGAUGUUAAAGUAUCUGAAACCAGCAGUCACCAGGAUGCAGUGACAAUCUGUACUCUGGGAAUUGGAACAGCAUUUGGAGAGUCGAUUUUGGAUAACACUCCCCGCCAUGCUACCAUUGUUACAAGAGAGUGCAGUGAACUCCUCCGCAUUGAACAGAAAGACUUUAAAGCACUAUGGGAGUUAACAUAUAAUGAAAGCAGUGUGUCAGAGGAAAUGCUGGCCAGACUAAAUCUGGAGCAUUGGCUUCAGCUCUGGGUACCACAUUUUAGGAAGGACAUGAACCAAGUGGAGAAUGCUUAG